AAAGCGGUCGGGAGCGCUGUGUGGUGGCCGCGGUAUCAGGGAGCCGAGGCCGCUUCUUCCGGGUUCGGGAGCUCUGGGAUCGGCUGCGGCUCCUGCGCUCGGCGCUCCUCCCGUUCGGCGUGCAGCCCAUGUGACCGGAAGUGCGGGUCACAUGGGCGAAAGAAAGAUGGCGGCGCCCAGGGAACGCCGAGCCCGGCGGAAUGCACGCAGGGGGGGUCGACUCUGCAUGGCAUUGAGUCCCCCCCCCACCUGGAAAUAAGGAGGCGGAGCCGCGCGGCAACGGGUGGACCAGGUAGGACUUAAAUUGAAUGUCAGUUUGCUGUCCAGGUGUGGUAUGGAGGUCCAGAUGUCAGCUAUGCAGGACACUAGCGCAGACAUCCCUACCCCGAGUCAUGGGGAGAAAGACACCACGGUUAAGUCGCUGGGAGAGCCUAAAAAGAAACCCAGAAGAUGUGCGCUAUGCUCAAAGAGACUGGGGGAGGCAUAUAUAAAAGCCCUGUGUAGUGACUGCCUAGCAAAGAUCCUCAGAGACGAACAAUCCUCCCUUCUGGCAGACCUGAGAGUGAUUGUGAAAGAGGAGAUCCAGGCGGCCAGCUCUAGUGUAGCGCAGAAACCCUGUGCCGUCUCCCCUCCCCCCAAAAGACCCCGUGUGCUCAGGGAGUCGGAUUCUGAAGAAGAAGGCUUAUACCUUUCAGAAGGGGAAACCUUAAAGGGGGACGACGAUCAGGGUUCUUCCCAUAUGGCCGACGAUCAGAGAAGAUAUCUCUUCUCACAAGAAGAUCUAGAUCCCCUCCUGUCGGCUGUAAGACAGACUAUGGAUAUAGAGGAAGAGGAGCAGACUCGCUCGAUACAGGACGAGAUGUUCGGCGGCUUAAAAGCUAGGAAGAAAAAAUUGUUCCCGGUGAACGAGAAUUUGAAGGACCUAGUCAUAGACGAAUGGGCUGACGCCGAUAAGAGAUUGUAUAUACCGCGGGAAUUUAAGAACAGGCUUUUGUUCAACCCGGAGGACACAAAACUGUGGGAUGUAGUCCCUAAAGUCGAUAUCCAGGUGGCGAAGGUGGUAAAAAGAACCACCCUCCCCUUUGAGGACUCAGCCCAGUUAAAGGAGCCAAUGGAUCGGAAGAUCGACGGUUUGCUCAAAAGAGCAUGGGAAGUUUCGGCCAAUAGCAUUAACACCAAUAUUGCUGCUACGUCCGUGGCCAGAUCUCUGUGUCUUUGGGUGAACCAGCUGGAAGAACAUCUUAGGCAAGACACCCCUAAGGAAGAGAUCCUGGCGUCAUUACCCCUAUUUAAGAUGGCUGCAUCCUUUGUAGCAGACGCCUCAGCAGAGUCCAUAAGAUUUGCAGCAAAAACAGACUCCCUAACCAAUACGGCAAGGAGAGCCCUGUGGCUAAAACCCUGGUCGGGGGAUAUAGCCUCCAAGAAUAAACUAUGCGCCUUACCCCUUAAAGGUUCUCACCUCUUUGGUCCGGUACUGGAUGAGAUCCUGGAGAAGACAGCGGACAGAAAGAAGGGGUUUCCGGAGGAAAAAGGAAAGAAACCUUUGCCCUUUCGUAAGACAACCAGCAGCUUCCAGGGCACUCCCAGAGGUAAAGGGAAGACUGGAAGGUGGAGCUACCCCAAAGGGGGAAAAGGUCGAGGUUUCCUUUUUAACCCCAAUUCCAAGCCUGAGAAACAAUGACGCCAGGCCAGUAGGGGGCAGACUCCAGUUCUUUUGGGAAGAAUGGACCAGGAUAACCAAAAACCAAUACAUCCUGGAAUCCAUCCGAACGGGGUUCAAGAUAGAGUUUCGCCUUCCUCCUCCUCAUCUAUUCCAGACCACAGUCUUUCAAUCGACCUCUCUGCAGGACCAGCUCCUGAGGGACAUCCAAAAACUUCUGACUUUAGGCGCAAUUGUACAAGUCCCUCCUUCAGAGGAGUUCAAAGGUCACUACUCAAAACUCUUCCUCAUCACAAAACCAGAUGGCUCCAAGAGAACCAUCAUCAAUCUGAAAUUUCUGAACAAAUGGAUAACACAUCAUCAUUUCAAGAUGGAAUCAAUAAAAUCGGCAAUUCCGUUGAUAAGCCCAGGGGCGUUCCUAUGCACCCUGGAUCUAAAGGACGCAUAUUAUCACGUCCCCAUUCACCCUCAUUGUCAGCAAUAUUUGAGGUUCGCAAUCAAGAAGGACGGAAGGAUUAUGCAUUUCCAGUUCCAAUGUCUCCCGUUUGGAAUUUCAUCAGCCCCACGCAUCUUCACAAAGGUAGUGGCGGAGAUAGUUGCCUAUCUAAGACAGAGACAGGUAACUAUAGUCCCCUACCUAGACGACUUUCUGCUUGUGGCAGACUCAGAGGAGGAGUUAGAGCUUCACAAAGGAAGGACUCUAUCUUUACUCACUCGUCUAGGAUGGAAAAUAAACCUGGAGAAAUCGGACCUACAACCAGCAACGCAAAAGAAGUUCCUAGGAACCCUCCUAAAUUCCGUGACCCAGUACUCUCUUCUUCCCCAAGACAAGCAGGUCAGCAUAAGGGAAAGAAUAAGAGCCUUCAAACUAAAGAAAAAACGGACUCUGCGGGAAGCCAUGCAGGUCCUAGGACUGAUGACCUCAUGCAUCACAACUGUUCCUUGGGCCCAGUUCCAUACAAGAACCCUCCAGGCGGAGGUCCUCGCUUCUUGGGACAAGGACCACAGAUCACUAAACACCAAGGUAUCUCUUUCAGACGGGGCGGUAAACUCCCUCUCCUGGUGGUUGGUAACAGAAAACCUGUCCCGAGGAGUUGCCUGGAACACGAUACCGCUCAAAACAUUAACCACGGACGCAAGCAGCCAUGGUUGGGGAGCCCACCUAGGGGACCAGUUCUUUCAGGGCAGUUGGUCCGACGCAGACGCCCUAAGAUCCUCAAACUACAGGGAAUUGAAAGCGGUCUGGGAGUCCCUAAGAGCGGCAGAACAUCUCCUCAUAGGUCAUCAUGUCCGAGUGCUAUCGGACAACGUAACAACAGUUUGCUACAUAAAAAGACAAGGAGGGACGAAGAAUCCUCAUCUCCAGGACCUAGCGAAUCUCAUCUUCAGCUGGUCAGAGGAGAAGAUCUUGUCCAUUUCAGCCACACACCUGAAGGGAUCUCUCAAUUACACAGCGGACUUUCUCAGCCGACAAUUAGUCAGGCCAGGGGAAUGGAAGUUGAACCAGGAGGUAUUCCAAAUGAUUUGCCAACAGUGGGGGAGACCUCAAGUGGAUUUAUUUGCGUCCAGCAGAAAUACUCAGCUGGACUAUUUCUUCUCGCUAGACCCAAGAGGAGGACCACUGGCGGUGGAUGCUCUUUCCCAACCUUGGGAUAUGAGCCUAGCCUACGCUUUUCCCCCACUUCUCCUCAUACCGCUAAUCCUGAAGAAAUUGAGAGGGUGCUCAUCCACGCUGAUCUUGGUAGCUCCAGCUUGGCCCAAGAGAGCCUGGUUUUCGGUUCUAAAGACCAUGUCCAUCAGGGAACCAAUAACCCUUCCAAGAAGACAAGACCUACUAUCACAAGGUCCUCUGUUUCACCCCAACCUGGACAAACUGAACCUUACAGCGUGGAUCCUGAGAGGCAAACCUUAAGGAACAAGGGACUCUCGGACAAGGUAAUUUCAACUUUACAGAGCUGCCGCAAACCUAUUACAAGAGCAAUAUACAACAAGAUUUGGAAAAAGUUCUCAUCCUGGUUGUCACAGAACCAGGCAGAUGCCAGAUCCCCCACGGUGGGUUGUAUUUUAGAGUUCCUUCAGGAGGGGUUUGAUGCAGGUCUGAAACCCAGCACACUCAAAGUACAGGUCUCGGCACUCAGCUGUUGUCUCGAUACUCCCCUUGCAGAUCAUAGGUGGAUUAGAAGCUUUCUAAAAGCAGCUUCCAGAUUGAGGCCCACUUUAAGACAGUCGGUUCCCCCCUGGAGUCUGAACGUAGUUCUAGAAGGAUUAUGCGAUCCUCCGUUUGAGCCGAUUGGGCAGAUAUCCGAAAAAUUUCUGUCUCUCAAAGCAGUGUUUCUUCUGGCUAUAACCACAGCCCGCAGGAUAGGGGAAAUCCAAGCCUUGUCAAUUAAACAACCUUACUUAAGGAUUUUGGAUGACCGCAUAAUCUUGAAGCCAGACCCAGCCUUUCUACCUAAGGUGGUCUCUGCUUUCCAUAGAGAACAAGAGCUAACACUCCCUUCAUUUUGUUCCCUCCCCAAAAAUAUACAGGAGGAAAGAUUCCAGAGGCUGGACGUUAGAAGAGCAAUCCUGGCCUAUCUGGACAGAACCAGUUCCUGGAGAAGAUCAAGUAAUCUGUUCAUCCAGUUCGGUGGGAAGAAUAGAGGCUUGAAGGCCUCAAAACAGACGCUGGCUCGGUGGAUUAAGGACACCAUCAGAGAAACAUACAGGCUGCAAGAAAUAGCCUGCCCCUUAAAUCUGAAGGCACAUUCCACGAGAGCAAUGGCAACUUCCUGGGCCGAAAGGGCCGACGCUACAAUUGACCAGAUUUGCAAAGCGGCAACCUGGUAUAGCUUCCUGACUUUUGCCAAACAUUACAGGCUAGACGUUUUGGCCGGACAGGACUUGGCCUUUGGGCGGAAAGUCCUUCAGGCAGUAGUCCCCCCCUAGGAGAUUCAGUUGUUAGUUCUCCAUGGGUGCUGUCAUGGAGGGACGUCCUGGAAAUACUGGUUUAGUUUACCGGUAAAUCCUUUUCCAGGAGUCCGACAUGACAGCACCCUGUACUACCCUCCCCGUUAUGCUGGUUCCAGCCUUGUAAGCAGUGUGAAUAUAACAUUGUAUUAAUAAAGGUGUUGGAUCCUAUCCGGUGUAGUAAUUUGGUAAAACACUGGAGAGUGGGAGGGGUGGGGGCCUUUUAAUCUCUCUCGCUUCCUGUCCCUACAGAGACCAAUAGGACAACCUCCAUGGG